GUUAGGCCUAUCGCGGGGGUGAAAGGCUUCUAGCGCGCUUGAGAUGACGAACCAGCUUUGACGAGGAAUGAAGGCUGUGAAAAUUCGCGAGAUCAACUCUUAUCUUAUGUGUCCUCUCUGUUCUGGAUAUCUCAUUGAUGCAGCUACAAUCACCGAAUGCUUGCACACAUUUUGUCGCAGUUGUAUUGUCAGACAUUUUCAGAAGAGCAAAGUUUGUCCAAUUUGUUGGUUGAAAACACAUGAAACACAACCACUAUUCAAUCUAAGACCUGAUAGAGCAAUGCAGGAUAUUGUCUACAAGCUAGUUCCCAACCUCAAGAAAAAGGAAGCCAGUGAAAAGAAAGCAUUCUAUGAGUCUCAGGGCCUUCCAAUUCCAGAUUAUGAGUUGGAAAGCAGCAACUGUCACUCUGCAUCUGGAACUGUGACAGAACGUCAUUUCAAUCGAGACGAAGAGCAAGUGACAUUACAAGUUGAGCAGCACAACUCAUCUCUGAAAUGCAGCUAUGUGAAGCCACUGGAUCGAAGAUACCUUCGUUGCUCAGCUCAAACUACUAUCGCUCAUCUACGACAGCUUGUGACUAAAAAACUCCAGCUACCUCCACUCUACGAUCUGGAAGUCCUGUGCAAUGAUGAGGUGAUGCACCACGACCAGAUGUUGGGCUCUGUGUGGUUGACUCAUUGGAAGCAAGUGUCUCCCAUGCCAAUAUACUACAGAAUUAAGAAGCAAUGCCUUUACAGCUGAGAACUGAGAUCGGUACUAGAUACUAGUAAUUAAACAAUUUCCACUUACAUCUAGGUGUGUAGUAAUAUCUAUUAGGUUUAUAACUGUGCCCUGAAAAAAUAAAAAUUAUUACUGUGAGAGCUA